UUCCGACACAUCGAGAUCACAGGUAAUUCGCAACAUUUCCAAAGUUGACCGCUUCCACCAGAGACCACUUCUCUGCCACUUCUAUAUUUAGGAGCUUAUCUAAUCGCCGCUUUGGCAUUAUCGCUCCACGCACUCGCGAUUUCAUGCUCAAAAGUUGUCAUAGGUUCAGAAGCGAAACGAAUAAAUACUCAAUUUUGGAAUCGAAGAGAACGGAAGCAAAAUGCGGCGGCCGAAUACGAAAGUGCACAACAAAUCAGUACGAUCCCGAAAAUUCUGACGAGACGAAUAAAAGAAAGAGAGAGAGAGAGAGUACGACUGAUAAACAUUACACACACAAGUUGUGGUAGAUUUCAUACACUGACGCUGCAAAAAUUCUCGCUUAACCUAGCGAGAAGCAAACGUAGCAUUAACUUUAAACGAUUCUACUUCUGAGCGAGAAACAUCACCAAUCAUGACGCCAAAAUUAGCGAAAAAGAUGCACGUCAAAUAUUUCCAGAGGUUACUGCAGAUUAUGCCCAGCGAUCUGGUAGAGUUUGAUUCCACCAGACUGAUGAUAGCGUAUUUCGCAUUUUCCGGCCUGGACCUGCUGAACUCGUUGGAUGAGAUUAGCGAGGAAGUAAAGCUACAGGCGAUUGACUGGAUCUAUGGUCUUCAAGUGCAAGGAGCUGGUGUUCGAUCUGGUUUCCAAGCGUCCACCACCGUACCUAAGGAAGUUGGUGAAUUUCAAUAUGGUCAUUUAGCAAUGACCUACACCGGCUUGGUCACCUUGCUGAUCUUAGGUGAUGAUUUAAAACGUGUUGAUCGAGAUUCCAUCAUCGAGGGCCUGCGUGCUUGCCAGAACGCUGAUGGAUCCUUCACUGCAGCUGUGAUUGGCUGUGAAAGUGACAUGAGGUUCCUCUACUGUGCCUGCUGUGUCUCUGAGAUCUUAAAUGACUGGUCAGGUGUCGAUAUUCCAAGGGCUACCAAUUAUAUCUUACAGAGUAUCUCAUUCGAUGGUGGAAUUGGACAAGGGCCAGGCCUUGAGUCUCACGGCGGAUCUACUUUUUGUGCUGUGGCAAGCCUAAUAUUAAUGAAGCAAUUUCUGGAACUGUCGAAUAUACAGCUCAGUCGUCUAAGGCGUUGGUGCCUUAUGAGACAGGAUGGUGGGUUUCAGGGUAGACCAGGUAAACCAUCUGACACAUGUUACAGUUUCUGGGUUGGUGCUACACUGAAUCUACUCCGAGUGAGCUGCUUCUCAGAUGCUAAGCAGAAUAAAGCUUUCAUACUUAAUACUCAAGAUGUGCAGAUUGGAGGAUUUGCCAAAUUUGAAAACACCAGACCAGAUCCUUUACACACAUAUUUGGGUCUCUGUGGUUUAAGUCUCCUAAAAGUUCCCGAAGUGCGUCCAAUAAAUGCCGAACUCAACAUCUCCGAGCGAGCUUACGAGCAUUUACAGCAAAUUCAUAAAAGGUGGCAGGGCAAUUGAUUCCAGUUCGUGAGAAUGGUGAAGUUCAGGGAAUCUUGAUCCUCAUAUCAAACGCACAGAGAUAAAUAUCAGACUUGACACUCUUUGUAUUUGACUGUAAACAUUAAUUUAUAUUUUAUCGCAUUCUCUGUGCUAGAAUCGUCAUUCUAAAAGUGUCAAUUAACACUGCUACGAUAAUUAUGGUAUAUAUUAGUAGUGCUUUGUCUCACAUGAUUUAAAGCUGCUUGUGGAAUCAUGUGCUUGUUACAAAGAAAGAGAGCGAGAGGAAAAUACAUACAUAUGUACAUAUAAAAAUAUGCAAAUAGUAAUAUAAUUAGGAAAAAAUGCAGAUGCAUUGCUCUACAGCAGCGUUUCCCGAGUUGUAUCUUACAAUACUUGAUUUUAUUUACAUUGAUUUAUCGAUUAUUAUUUUGUUACUCAUUGUUUGCUAUUAUAUAUUUAUCAAUUAAUUUCCUUUGUACUAUAUAUAGAAAGGAGAAGGUGCAUGUAUAUAUGUAUAUAUAUAUAUAUAUAUAUAUAUAUAUACACAUAUACAUAUUUGUAGAAAAUAAAAUAAGUUAUUUCAAUAUAUAACAACGAACAUUUUAUGGAAUCGCUCCUUUUUUACAGGACUGUAGACUCUACAGGGUUUCUUUCAUGCGAUAAAAAAAAGUUUGGGAAGCUUUGCUUUAGAGAGAGGAUAUUAAUAAAAAUGACUCAGACUCUUUGUAAUUUGUGCUUUUUAUUUCAUAUAUUUAAGCUGUUAUCCCACUCAUAUAAUUGUUGGUCAGUGUACCUAAUAAAAGUAACAGGUCAUUCAGCUGAAAC